CUGACUCUCAUAUCAAUGCGAGAAACAUUCCACAGGUCCAGAGCCGACAUCACAUGGAGGGUAACUCUGGUCUUGAGGUUUCGAAGUGUUUGUGACAUUACCUUCAGUAUUGCUGUCGAUAUAUGUGGGGGAAUAACCAGCCCCUAUCUCGAAUGACCCCCCGUUCACCGUUGCGCAAAUGGCGACUGGUUUCUGGGAUGUGUUCUUUGCCCGACAUCUAUUCUUGUGGCUUACUCUUGGAAUUCCAUAGUCACGAGCAGUUCCUAAGGGUUCGUGCGCUAUUCGGUAUUGCCAUAGGAGGAUUAUAUGGUGAUUGUGGAGCCACCGCUCUCAAAGGCCGCACAUCAUGAAGCUCCAUGUAUACCCUCCGGUAUGUUACAACAGGGUUGAUUCUUCUGGUUAUCUGCUCGAACGGCCUGCUCUUGUGGCCUUGCUAACUCAAUUCCUCAUAGGUGGAGGCCCUUGUUCUGGUUUGGAGCAUUCCGUCCCGUCCUGUUUACUCUUUUCCAGUUAUAUCUCCAGGAGACAAAUAGUCCUCUAGAACGACCAGCAAUGAGGAUACAGGGUCAGGCUGGAGAAGAUAUCGAAAAUAUUUUCCGGGAAGAAGCCAAAACAGGGCUCAAGAAGCCCUGGAUUCUUUGAAACUAUCUUGUCCUGAUGAUGAUGGGUGGCAUCAACUUCAUGGCAUCCUAUCUCUCACCCCAGCUUGAAUCUCAAGCUCAGAUGCCUUGGCCCCAUGGCUCCCGAGACCUCCGCCCGGCCAUGUCGGAAAAGAACAACUUGAAUUCUGAUAACACAAAAAUCGACGUUGCGCAAGCGGUCGCGAUCCUCGGAGAAAUACAGGGUGGAAUUUAGUUGGCUACUCCUUGCAAAUGUGGGGCCAAAAAUUGAGAAUAAUUGGCGCCUGCAUCCCCGGGGGUGCCCUCGUGUGCCCAUUACUGCUUCACCGGGAGUAGCCAGAGAUCCCCGCUUCAUUCUGGGAGCAAUUCUGUGCCCAGGGGGUGAGUGCCCUUCCUCCUCCACUAUCUUCUCUCUAUAAUGUUAGGACUAAUUAUUGCAGAGAUAGGCCAUCAUUCCAAUCCAACUUGUAAAGCUUUCUCUGCCAAGAUCAACUACCGCCAUCAUCGGGACCGUCUACCCGCUUGGAAACCUUACCUCCUCCCAUACUCGACCACCGAAGCUAACAGUGGAGAGAGGUUUCCACUUCCAGAAAGAGGAGAGAGCGUCUCGCGCUAUGAUUACCAAAAGGUGAUCUUGACCGGAUGUGUGUUCGCCUAUGAAAUCGUUUUGGUAUUUAUUGGGCCGGAGAGGAUGGGGAGGGAUAUGAACAAGAGGAAUGAAAGGGAAACUGUCGACGGAUGGUACGACGAGGAGGAG